CGUCAUCCCCCCACACGCAAAGGGGGCGCGGUGUUCACUGCGGAAGUUGAAUGAAGCUAAUCUAAGAAGCAAAGGUUGCCUCAAUUCUCUGAAUUAAUUUUGUGUGUGUCAACCAAUCUUCCGCCACCUCAUUGACUGGUCCUCGUCCAGCUCGACAUGGAUGACCUGAACGGGCUGAGUUGGUCAAGCAACUCUAAUGCGCCCACCAACAAACCUCCCCCCAUGAGCUCUGGCUUUAUGUUCCCCAAUGUUCGACCCAAUGGUGCCUCCGGUAGAUCAACACCGAUGUCCGCUGCUUCGAACCGGUCUAAUUCGCCAUCGAAACCGCCCGCCUCUGCCGGAGACAGCUUUGCGAACUUGGUCUCAUUCAAUUCCUCUGCAGGGAACAAGAAUGUUUCCCUGGUAGAGCAACAGAAGCGAUUACAGGAGGAAAGGGCUAAAAAGGCCGCAGAAGACCGCAGGCGGUUUGAUGCGCAAUACGGAGGUCAGAACUCGCAGUUCUGGGAUAACUUGGAGCAUGGCCGAACCCCGAGCCCUGCGACGGCUCCGAUCUCGAAAACAUCACCCUCAGCAGCUGAUGACGACGAUAUACUGGCUGCGUUUAGUGCUGCUGCGCCGGUCGAUGCAUCGACGAACUUCCCAGUCCCAAGUUCCAACGCAUCCCCCCAGGUUGGCACGAGUUCGCGACAAGGCACACCCAGUGGGGCCAUAACGAUGCUGGAUAACUCCGGGGACUUGGGCGCAUUUAGCGACAAUGACGACGAUCCAUUUGGUCUCAAUCAAUUGAAGCCCAAGACAGCGCUCGCUCCGUCGCAAGCGCCAGCAGAUGACGAUGAUUUCCUUGGGCUACUCGGAAAACCGGUGUCGCAGAUUCCUCGUCAGCAGCCGCCACCGGAGCGGACUGUUCCCCCCAAUCGCGAUCGCGAGGACCAAUCUGCCUCUUCUAUGCCUUCGAAUGAAGUGGAUCGAGCAAUUGCAGAGCUGGUAGACAUGGGGUUCUCGGCGGACAAGUCACGCCAAGCCCUGAGGACUACGGAUUCAGGGACUAAUGUCCAGGCAGCUGUCAGUUGGCUUCUCACUCAAGCACACGCCGAGUCAAGACAGAAAUCCCAAGGACAAUCUCCGGCACCACCUCGAUCUGGUGAUCGUACGGAACGAAGUGACAGUCGACACCGCGAUGCGCCUUCCUGGGCGAGGGAAGGUAGAUCGCAGCCACCUCGGUCGCGCGACGACAGUCGAAGCCCCGGCGUUGGAGAAAAGGACCCUACACAAAUAGCCUCUCAAUUCGGCAACAACUUGCUGAAGACUGCCGGGUCCCUUUGGAAGACUGGAAGCAAGAAGUUUCAGCAAGCUGUGAAUGAGUUCAAUGCCGAUCAUGACCCAAGCCAGCCCAAGUGGAUGCGGGAUGCAUCUGCGCCUCGCGAGGAGCCCUUUUCUCAGCAGCCGCCACGGCGCGAUGGCGAAAGGGAUCAAGCGCGAGCGCAGCCCCAAGACUUUACUAACGAGGCGCUGCUUUUGGAAGCUCGCGAUUCUGGACCGCCUCGAAAGCCUGCUCGCCCGCAGGAUCACCGUCAACCCGUCCCGGCUGGUGGCGACCCGCGCCGCCAGCCAUCGCCAGCCACCCAACAUAUGCAGCAAGCCAACUUGCUCCAGCAACCAUCACGAUCAAAUUCAACGGAACAGAAAUCUCGUCUCUCCCGAUUCGCUGCCGAGGAACAGUCGGCGCAAGCAUACGUUAGUCCGGCCAGGCGGCGACGGCCUCAAGCGCCACCACCGGCAGCCGAGCCCAACGUCGAUCUCUUUGAUUCUCCUGUUCCCUCCUCGCAGCCACCGAGUCGAAGUUCUCAACCUCAGGCGCGACCGUCGCCAGCUCGUUCAGCAUCUAUCCCAGUGCGCCCCAAGGCUCCGCCCCGGUCUAUACCGCCGGUAUCUGCAGAGGCUCUGCAGUCAACUCACCGCCAUCGUGAGAAGGCUGCAGAUGCGUACAAGCGGGGCGACUAUGCAGCUGCACACCAAAGUUUCUCUACUGCUCUCGACAUGCUUCCUGACCAGCAUCCCAUCACGAUCAUCGUACGCAGCAACCGAGCGAUGACCGGUCUAAAGAUCGGUGAGCCCAAGGGCGCCAUCGAUGAUGCUGAGAUUAUCCUCAAAUUGAUCGGACCAUCAAAAGGCGAGGAAGAGACAAUUGACCUCGGCAAUGGUGAGGCCGCCAAGCCCAUGAAGGACUUCUUUGGAAAGGCGCUUAUGCGCAAGGCCGAAGCUUUGGAACAGCUUGAACGUUGGGCCGAUGCAGCACAGACUUGGAAGCUCGCCGUAGAGUCCGGACAUGGCGGAGGCACUAGCAUUCAGGGCAGGAACCGAUGCGAGAAGGCUGCUGGCAUCGGUCAACCCCUGUCGAAAGCCCCAGCACCGGUCAAAAAGAGACCAACUCCCGUCCCCAAGAAGACCUCGGCGCUUUCAGAUCUCUCCGGCGGUGUGGCCUCUGGCCAAGACUCGGAAGCCGUGAGUCGAUUGCGACAGGCUAAUGAGGCUGCCGAACGUGCAGACGAGGAGAAAUUCGCUCUAACUGAUAGUGUUGAUGCGAGAAUUGGAGCCUGGAGGAAUGGCAAACAGGAUAACCUGCGUGCGCUACUUGGUAGUCUUGACACUGUGCUUUGGCCCGAAUCCGGCUGGAAGAAAAUUGGCUUGUCAGAGCUGGUUUUGCCGAACAAGGUCAAGAUCCAGUAUAUGAAGGGUAUUGCAAAGGUCCACCCUGACAAGAUUCCGACAACUGCCACUACCGAACAGCGAAUGAUUGCUGGCGCUGUGUUCGGAACCCUGAACGAGGCUUGGGACAAGUUCCGAGUGGAGAAUAACCUGUGAUAUCGGCGAUUUGGAUUGCUGAGGCCUGGGCUUAUGGCAGCUCUUCUGUUGCAUACCGUGAUCUAUGAAGCUUCUUGCCACACAUUGUCUUAAUUUAAGAGCACACCUUUUUUUAGAAUAUAGCUUCUUUACGGCCUUUGGUGGCCAACAUGCACAUGAGAUUAUGACUUCCACACCUAAUUGUAUUUCAUUUGGCUGGACGUUUUAGAUUAUUCUUUGUUUUCAUUCCUCUCAGAUUGUAGUUCCUCUCCAAGCGGCCAUAUCAAACCUAGGGACGAAGAGAUCAGGAUUGCUUGUGUAAAUAAAGGUCGCUUUUUAUCGAUGGCUUAUUUUAAAAGUACACCUCGUCAUAUGCAUUAAUACAAAUAAAGCUAAUAUCAUGCCUCGCUCGUCUCCGUAGCUUGCUGCUCUUGCUGCUCACUCUCCUCUUGUUGUUCCCGAAGACGCAGCUCCUUGAACUCCUUCUUCUGCUGCCUUCUGGUCUUGGAAACCGCCUUUUCUUCAACCUCCAGCUUAUCUGACGGCCACUGUUGUCGGCAUUUCUUUUCGUCCUCCUCGGACCAGUCUCGAGGAAGGAUGGCGAAUACCAAGUACGAGGUAUGCGUUUUGAUCUCCGACUCUGUUCGAUGCACCAGGCGACCCAAAUUGUAUGUUGGCACGUUUUGGUCCUUGGGAGUACUGGUGGUGUCUUCCUCAGUGCGGUUGGCCCUGGUGCCCUGCAGAUGGGCAAGUCGCAAUCUCUUUGCUCGUUCAUCGUCGGUUAGGAGCUUCGACAAUGCCUCGUCCACGGACUUGGGGUACACGGUUGCUCCGCGGACACCUUCACAGUCUAGUCCGAUACGCUCGCGCUUCACAUCGAUUCGGUGGUGGUUGACCUCGACCAUCGAAAUAUCCAGCCAUCCCAGCUGGCGCAUUAGGCGGACCGUGCGCUCGACUUGCUCCAGACAUGGGGAGAACGUGCACAAGUAGGCCGUUGAAGAAGGGUCGAGAGGAGAUUCUAUUCCCGAAGCGGGCUUGCGGACAAGGUGCUUCAAAGCAAGCCACGGAGCAGGCAAAUCCAGGAAGAUGGCAGUCGCCUUGGGUGACUGGCCAGUCUUGGGGUCGCCUAGGAGGAAACCAUCUUCAUAGACGUCGCGAUGCGUCACCUCUACUAGUCCGUCGAGGCCGUGUUCUGAAAUCUCCUCCUUUACCCGGGCUGCUCUUUGCUCGUGAAACUCGAAACUGCACACCUUUCCUAACCUCCGCUUCUUAGUCGCGGAUGCUCCGUUGGGGUAUCCAUUGAACACGGCACGAACGGCUGCGUGCGUGAACGAGCCACUUCCGGCACCAGCUUCGAUGACGGUGCCACCGGGACGCGCGCGAAGUCGGUGGAGGAUAUAGCUAUAAUCGGGUGUGUAGACGACCUGGGUUCGGUGCGGCAGGGACAAUGUCCAGGACUCGGGAGUAGGGUAGGUGAGGUGAAGAAAACCACUAGCAGCAGCCUCGGGUUUCUUUAAGGAGGAGCUGUCUUCGGCGCCUGUUGUAGUGGCCGAUGCUUCGAGUUCCUCAGCUUUGCGCUUGUUGCUGGGCUUGCGGCCUCGGGAGCCUGUAUCGACCUUGGAGGCGACGAUUUGCGAGCCCCACGGCUGAUUGAUUAAAGUGCUGUGCGGGAAGGAACCAAAACGAGUGUUUGAGACCUUUCCUUCUUUGUAGCCUGAGUUCUCAUUGUCGGUGGCGCGGAGGAUCGUCGGGAUGGUCUGGUCGCGGCGCAGAUGCAAGAGCGCGACGUCGUCCGCCUGCGCAUGGGACCCGGGGGUCAAGAAUGGAGAGGGCAUGGUGAGCGAGCGGGAUAAUUGAUGUUGGGAGCUUCUUCAAGCUCCGUUUCUUGCGUUUGCCGAUCGCGCUGCGAAAAGCUAAAAGGUCGAGAACGCCGC